AUGGAAAACUUCGAUGAUGAUGUUUUUUCCGACGACGGCUUCGACGAUCUACCCCCGGAUGCUCUAGAGCAGCUCGAGCAAGAUGCCUUUCGCGCUACACAGGCCGAACAUCCUACACAGCGAGAGCCGGAACCGCGACAGAAUUGGGCUGAGCGAGAGGUCACCAUUCGUUAUGCCCAGAUUAACCCGAUCAAUGUCGCCAAUGCCACACUACGACCGCCUGCACAGCUGCACACUGGUUUGACUAACGACUAUGGAUCGCUGGACGUGGGAGAGUCGGACGCGGAGGUAUUUGAUGAUGAGGCUGCAAUUGGCCUGAAUGAAACUGUUACCAUCUCAGACCGACCGUCACAUUAUGCUCAUGACUCGAUUGCAUUGGGAGAGAAGCCUAUGGAGACCGAUGGAGGUCUGUCCUUCUACUCUGCUUUGCAAAGGGAGCAUGAGAUUCUUACAGCGAAGCUCCAACAAGAAACUGAGCGCUAUGCUCGCCUUGAAAAUGAGUUCGCAAACGUCAAAUCCUUGGCCGAAACAAAGACCGGGGAGAUUGCCAUUAUCCGUUCGAACCACGCCAAAAUAGUCAACGAUUAUGAGCGGCAACUAAGUGGUCUGCGUAAGGCCAUGGAUGAGGAGACGGCAAAACAUAGAGAGGAGCUAGAGGCAAUCCGGGAGCAAGGCAAAACGCUGGCUACGGAAAAUGCGUUUCUCAAACAGGAUCUUGCGGAAGAAGUUUCACGAGUUCACCAGAUAAGAGCCAAAAUGCGAACAGAGGAGAAAUCAGCACCCGUGACACCAAAGAAGCCCAAGGCUCUACCGUUUCGCGACGGGUUCGACGACGAAGAAAUACUGGCGGUCUCGCCUAGCAAGUCGGGAAGAUCAAAACAAGCAACACCUACCGUGACUGGUAAAAAGAGAAGACGGACAAGCCAGGGUAGCCCGUCACGUUUGCAUCUGAGCCCGCACAGAGAGCAAAAUCUAGGGAUCGCGGGGGGUGCGGUGGAUGAGGCCCUGUCAGAGUCUGCAAUCGACUUGCCUAUGAAGGAGUCCUCGCAGGAGGCCGGGCACCAAGAUACGCACAUCAUAAAACAGAUCCUAAAUCAUCGGACGGUCCCUCAUAAAACCGACAUUGAAAUCAUAGCUGAGCUGGCCUUUCCUUCGGAACCUGGGCGGACAUUGUACAGCAUCCUCUUGGAAGAGACAACGCAACUUGACCUCGGUAGCUACGCGAUGGAACACAUGCGGGCAAUAAUUUCGUUAUGGUCCCGAGCACUUAAAGAGAAGUUCUACAAGCCGAUACCAAUCUUGUUGGAAACCACAAGGCUCAUACUCGCCAUUGACGCGACGGCCGUCUUACGCCAGAUCGAUCGUUUGAUACCUGUGCUGCUGGAUACGAGCGACAUCAACGGGGUCCCACGUUUCAAACAUUCACCCUAUGCAAGUCAGAGCUUCGGCAAAGUGACACAAACACCGGCUUCCCAGCUUGAACCGUUGGUGGAUUCCACCGAGGUUGUCAGAGUGCUUUAUCAAAUAGCCUGUCGCAGCCUGAGCGAUGACCAGCUUGUGGAGGAUCUGUGGCGCCAUAUACGCUACUCUUUUGUGCUGAUGAUGCUAAGUUGUUCGCAGCCUGCCAGCGACAUCAAGCUGACCUUAAGUCUGCUCAUGACCAGUGUCCGUCCCAACUCGUUUGCAUCCAUUCAAGAGUCCGAACAAGACCAGAAGUCGAACGAGAACUGGGUUGUCGACCGCGUCGCUAGUCUCAUGUGGGAAACGCUACAACCAGACGAGGGCCAGCCGCCGUACACGCGAGCGGAGAUUUGUGACGUGCGGCUGGAAGCGUUAGCCUUCUUGAUGACGGUGACCUUCAAUCCUAUUGAGCCGAAUAACACGCACGGCAGCCUCGUUAUCGCCUCGCAUCAUACGGCCUUGGCAAAGUUGGUUAGGGCGAUGCACGACGAGUUGGAUGCACUCUAUUCAUAUCCACCGGAAAGAGAUAUGCACUCCGCCAUGGUCAACGGCCUCAUGCGAUUGAUCUACAGUAUUAUACAACGCCAUCCAAAGGAAGCUGACUUACAGUUAAAGCUGCAUCGAGUACCCGGCGGAAAGCAGAAAUUUCUCGUGGUGUUGACGCGGCUUGCCUUCAGCGAAGGAAUUGUUCUCGAGGCAGGCAUCGAGGACGAGACAGUGGAAAUGGCGCACUCGAUUCUGGACGAUGCGGUCAAUCCGCAGGAAGCAGAAGCUUUACUUGAGGCAUUCCCGCAUGCCAAGGGGGAGGAUACAGAGGCGAAGAAUGCAGAAGAUACGGAGAUGAUGGAAGUGAUGGAAGAGGAUUUGGCGUUAUAGGUUCACGAGUAUAUACCCCUGCAGUACGAACAUGUGGAAUAAUUUCUUG